AUGCUUCUGAUUUCUCCGCAGCUUUGCAACUACGCCAACUACCCCGUGUUCAGUGUUCAGCGUCGCGUGACGCCUGCUAUCCACAGACUCGAGGAUGACGACAACUAUUAUCUGGUGUUCGAACAGACCUGUCAGAGACCUUUCUUCGAGGACUACGUGUUUGAGAUCCGCGGCAGAAAGCUGCUUGUGAGCUGUGACAAGGACGACUUCUACAAAGUGCUCGACUUGCCGGAUGACGCAGACUUAAGACGGGAUAUGGACCUGCGCAUGGUGAACGGCGCACUGUUGGUAGCCAUCCCUAAGAGGAGGCCGAUCAGAAUCACCUUCAACACGUUUGACGACUCUUUCACGGCGUCGCCUGUUGCUGUUUGCAAUGGGAAAAACAGACACUGCCCAAAGAAACACGCAGAAAGCUUAUCAGAGCCAGAGCAGCCAGAGCAGCCAGAGCACGUGAAACGCAUUCCUAUCCAGACGUCGCAAGAAGAGCAGAGCGAGACAGUGUCCGAGACAACCAGGCCAAGUGAGCCAGUGGCACGUGUCGUGCCGCGGGAAAUCGUUCGCCCAGCAACAGACCUGAAGAAAAACUACACCACUAUGGAGCGUCACACGAGCCUCGCCCCAAAAACUUACUCGCCUACCAUUGAGGACGUUGUCGAUGAGGAGUUCGCUUAA